AUGGAUAAUUUUAUAUAUUCAGAUUUGUCUUCAUUUAGUCCUGACAGUGAAUAUGGUGAUGAACAAAGAGAGAUGCCGGUGGUUGUGAGUAAGGAUCAAGAUGGAUAUGAAUCAAAAAUUGGAAUGUUGUUUUCAAAUGAAGAUGAAGCUUAUAAGUUUUAUAAUGGAUAUGCUAAAUUGGUUGGUUUUACUGUGAGAAAAUCAAGAUAUCGAAGAUUGUCAGAUGGAACCAUAAGUCAGAGAACAUAUGUUUGUGGAAAAGAAGGAUAUAGAAAAUUGAAGGACCCUUCAUAUGUGAACAAGAAAAAUAGAAGAGAAACAAGAACUAGUUGUCAAGCUAUGAUAAGUUUUAACAUUGAGAAGAAUACUUGGAUGAAGCACAUGCUAAUAUGA